AUGACAUACUCAGCAGUACCUGCGUACACGCAUGCCCCGCACCACCGCGGCACAUUGGUUUGUGUCAUCCUGAAAGGCAAACAUUUGCCGCUUCGUCGCACGGUGGAUACACAGGAUCCAUGGGUCGAGGCACACAUGGACAGUGUCUUCUUACGUACACGACCAGAUCGACGAGGUGGUACGACCCCGUUUUGGGAUGAGCAAAUGCAUUUCGAAGUGUACGAUACCACACCGUGGACCAAGGGACCGCCGUCGCGCCGUUUGCUGCAUAUCGCAUGCUAUGCCACAGACAAAGAACCGGACUACAUUGGCCAGGGAUCAGUGGAAGUCCAAAAAGCCCUUCGGCAUGGCGAACAAGAUCAAUGGGUCUCACUGUACAACCAGCACCAAUUCUGCGGGCAGGUCUACGUGGAACUCACAUAUUAUUCCCUCGAUCCGCCACCUACGGUUAAAGGCCCAGGACCUGGACCGAUUCGCACGCAAUCUAUGCCAGUGGCCACGGUCGCAGAGCCACCUUCCUUUUCGCCACGCCCGUUUGUCCCCAGCCCUCCGGCGUCGCCCCUUCCGGCGAAUGGCAACAGCGACACAAAGCCUCCGUCCACCGCGCCUCCUGCACCCACACUGCCCCGCCGGGUGCCCCCUGUCCCUUCAAGCUCGGCCACACCGUCAUCAGCCGCAAUAACACCGUCACCCAUCCCACCACCGCUGCCCCCCCGAGCAUGGACAGUGGAUGAAAAGACACUGGCAGAUAUACAGGCAGACUACCAAAGCGAGGAAGGAAGCAGUAUCGAAGCUUCUGUGCACAGUCACGAUGACCUUGCUGCUAUAAUUAAAGCGCAUGAAAGCAUGCAAGAGCAGGCUGAAGUGCAUCCCGCCGCAUCGCCAGAAGCCACCCCUCUCUCUCCGCCAUUGCCAUCGCUCCCCCCGACACCGCCACCUAUGGAGUCUCCCAUCACAGUGGAGCCGGAGAGAGGGAGACGUACCAUGUUCUCACCGACGUUGACGUCGCCCACAUCCAUCGCUACCGAGUGGUCAUGGCAGCGAAGGGCUUCGUCCGCUUCACAGCAACGCACUACACCCCGUCGUUAUGUCGCACCUAUCCCUCCUGAGCCUCGCGUGUAG